UUUCAAGACUAAACAGAACAAGGGAAAAAUGCGACUAGGAACGUUUUUAAUUUUUGUGACAAUCGUGGUCACAGCUGCUGCGUUGAGCGUAAUUCCUCCGAGAAAGGACAAGGCAGAUACUGACACGUUGGAAUUGGUUCAAAUUAUGUGGAGACAUGGCGAUCGCACCCCAAUUGUGCAGUACCCAAAUGACCCUCUGCAGAACGAGACGUUGUGGUUCCCAUACGCGACUGGAUUUGAGGCCAUCACAAAAAAAGGAAAGCAAAUGCACUAUGACUUUGGACAAUAUCUUCGCAAACGAUAUGAGGGUUUCCUCAGCCCCGUUUACAGCCAGAAAGAAAUUUAUGUGCAAAGUUCAGACGCAGACAGAGCCAUUAUGAGUGCAAUGAGCAAUAUGGCUGGUAUGUGGCCCCCGACCCCAGAGGACCCCAGAAGUGAAUGGAAUCCACAAUUGCAGUGGCAGCCAAUUCCGAUUCACACGAUUCCAAAGAAAUUAGACAACUUUAUCAACUUUGGAGCUCCAUGCCCCAGAUUCAAAGAGUUGAAAAAAGAGUACACAAAUGAUUCCCCUUUCGCCAAAUCCAUCAACGAGGCUCCUGAAAAUUCAAAACUCUGCCAAUACAUAAUCAAACAUGCGGGAGUCAAGGAAUGUGAUUUUGAGGUUAUCAGCGACAUUUGGGACACGUUGAGAAUUCAGAAAGCUUACAACAUGACGCUGCCACCCUGGGUGGCUUCAGUUUAUGACCAAAUGGAGAGUUUGAGUGCAAUUUUCUUCGACUCUCGGGUCCUUGUUCCAACUGAAGAGGCGAAAAGGGUCAAGGCAGGUCCAUUGCUAAGCUUCUUGGUAAAAAACAUGGAGUUGAGGCAGAAUGAGACGAAGGGUGUUGCCAAGAUGUACGCCCUCUCAGGUCACGACACCACCAGUUCAAUCGCUUUGGGGGCUCUGGGAGUUUUCGAUACUCAGUUUCCAAGUUAUGCAAGCGCUGCAAUUUUCGAAAUGCACAAAAUACAAAAUGAGCACGUUGUCAAAGUAUUCUUCCGCAAUGACACCAGCGUUCCACCGUUUGAGUUUGAGAUUCCAAAUUGUGGAUACCCAUGUCAUUUGAAUAAAUUCAAGGAGAUCUUGGCCCAUAUUUUGGUAGAUGGAGAGAAAUGGAACGAGGUCUGCAAAUCUGGAGGAAGUUCCCCAUCCGCAUCGAAAUCAUCCGCUUCCGGCGCAAUCUCCACAACCGUUCUCCCUCAUUUCACAUCCCAUUUCAUCAUGCUCAUUACCAAUUUGCUGCUCAUCUCCAAAUGGUGAACGAUGUCGAAGACUGUUGUUGACUGUACCUCGUCCUUUCGUGUCCUCUCAUAAUUUAAUCUCAAACAACGAUUAUGCAUCUCGUACACAUUUUGAUAAUAAAUUGUAACAUGUUGAAGUAAAAUGGUA